AUGGGAGAAGUGCAAUCUAAUUCACAAGGAUCAUUACUAAGAGAACUUUCACCUGCAAUAUUUUAUAAAAAUAUCAACCGACAACCACCAAGUACAUUAGAUCAUAAAAAAGCUUUAUUACAAAAAAAUAAUAACCAACUCAAUCAAAUCCAACAACAACAACAACAACAACAACAACAACAACAACAAUAUACCCAUGCACAUUUACAAAAUUUAUUCAUCAAGAACUUUGUUAUUGAUAGUGAAAAACAACAAGAGUAUCAAGAGUAUAUAAAGAAUAAUGGUAUAAAAGAAUUUUUGAAUAAUUAUUUACCAUCAACUGUGAGUAAAAAACAAUUAGCUGAAAUUUUAUUAAAUUUAGGUUAUUCUAAAAUUUUAUUACAAGAUUAUGUUAUUUUAACAAAUAAAGAAAUGGUGAUUAUAUUGGUGAAAUUAUUACAAGAACAGCAUCAAAUUUAUGAAGAUGAAGAAAAAGAGAAAUUAAAAAGUAUACCUAAACAACCAAUCAUAUAUCAAAAAAUACCUACUAUGCAAUAUGAUUUACAAAAAUUUUUACAAGAUUUAUGUUUAAGUACCAAAAUUAUGGUAAUAACUGGUGCUGGUAUUAGUACAAGUUUAGGUAUACCCGAUUUUAGAUCAAAUCAGGGUUUAUAUACUCAGUUGAAAAAAUUAAAUUUAAGUGAUCCACAAUUGGUGUUCAAUUAUGAAAUGUUUAAAAAAACCCCAGAUUUAUUUUAUGGAAAUGCUCAUUUAGUUUUACCACCUGAUGGUCAAUAUACUUUGUUACACGCAUUUUUAAAAUUAAUUCAAGAUAAAGGAAAAUUAUUAAGAAAUUAUACUCAAAAUAUUGAUAAUUUAGAAUCAGUUGCAGGUAUAGAACAUUCAAAAUUAAUUCAAUGUCAUGGUUCAUUUGCCACUGCAACUUGUUUAACAUGUAAAUUAAAAUUUCAAGGUCCAAAAAUUUAUGAUCAUAUUAGAAAAAAGCAAGUACCUAGAUGUUCAUCAUGUUGGACAAAUAUUCAAGAGGCAACAAUAGAUCAUGGAGUUAUUAAACCUGAUAUAACUUUUUUUGGUGAAGAUUUACCUGAUGUUUUUCAUAAAAAAAUUCCAUUUGAUAAAAAUGAAUGUGAUUUAGUUAUAGUUUGUGGUACUUCAUUAAAAGUUGAACCUGUUGCAAGUAUAAUUGAUGAAAUUCCUGGUAAAGUUCCAAAAAUUUUAAUUAAUAAAGAUCCAUUACCUGAUAGAGGUUUUAAUUUAAGUUUAAUUGGAUUUUGUGAUGAAAUUGUGGGGUUUUUAGCAAAAGUUUUAGGUAGUGAUUGGGAUAUACCUCAUAUAGAUUAUAAUAAGGAACAAAAUUAUUCAUGGGUUAAAACGGAUUUAUAUAAUACUUAUCAUAUUAAUAAGAGAAAUUAA